UGAGUUUUCUUCUUAUCAUGUUUCUCUCCUCCGGAAGAGAAAAAGUCUCUAAUUCACUCGCGUCGAAACUAUGAUAGACUUCAGCGAGUCUUGCACAGUCGUCUACUGGGACCUCAAGGAUUACCCAAUCCCUACAAAUAUCGAUCCUCACUCGAUUUAUCAGAAUAUCAAGGCAGCUCUGUCGGACGGUUAUCGUGAUAUGCCUUUGAAAAUCUGGGCUUAUCCUGACAAGACAGAUGAAAAUGAGGAGUUGAAUACGAGUGAGGAAUUUUUCGAAGCCGGAUUCUUUUUCUCUCACAACGUUCCAGGUAUUUCAAUGUUACUCGACAUUCUUUCCCACGCAUUUCUCCUCACACCGACCAUUAAACCAACUUCGACACAUAAACCAUCAAAUUUCAUGGUAAUCUCAAAAAGUCUCCCUGAAGACAAGGAGACCAAAAGAGUUCUUUGGGCUUUGAAAUCAAGAGGUUUCGAUGUUCACUUCGCACAUCAUCCGCUUGAAGGACAAGUACCAGACCAGAUGUUUAGUAAUCCAGCCCUACUAAGUUCCUGGACAUAUCCAUUAGGAAAUGAUUCGACAACUAUGGUUAACAAACACGAUUUCUCUGAGCGUUUCACGCCUUCCUCAGAUGCUAUGACAUGCGUCUUCUGGGACCUGGUGGAUUGCCCAUUCCCAAAUGAUCUUGAUCCUGAAACAAUCUUUCAGAGAAUUAAAUCGACUCUUGAGGAAAAAGGUUAUCGAGGUGGGAUAUCAAUAUGGGCUUAUGCUGAGAGGAUACAGUUCUCGGAUGACGUGCUGGACAAGUAUCAGAAAGCCAGAAUCUAUUUCGUUCCCGAAGUUCCUGGGGAUAAAAUUGCGAGAUUUCUUAGGAUGUCACAUGACAUUCGAUUAUGGGAAAUGGACACUUAUCCUGUGUUCGGUGUAGAGGCAAAUGUGAUCGUAAUCUCAAAUGACAUCAACACUCAAGGAAAAAAUAUUAACUUCUCCCAUUAUCUAAUUGGAAUGCAAGCAGAGAUAUUACUCUGCUUUCUUAGUACAGCCUAAGUGUAUCGAUCCCGGAUCCUCAGAUUGGCCAAGAUCGUUAUUCGAUAGAAGAUUUUCUGUCGGCCCAACCAGAUGCGGACCAUUUAAUAAGCGGUGGAGGAAGAAGGUGAAGAAACAGAAGGCAGUGGAAGUGCCAAAAGUCUCUCCCGUUGAAAUCAUGAACAACCAACAACUCUCUCCCGUUGAUACCAUAAAAAACCUUGAUUUCUCCAGUUAGAUUUUUCUUUUUAUCUCUUCGAUUGUAAUCUACCUUUAUUGCUCGUUUGAUAAUUGUUUAUGCGUUCUGUUUUGUGAAACCUUGCAGAGCCUCUCCCACCUGUCCCAGGGCCUAGGGUAGGCGUCUUCUGGGACAUUGAGGAUUUCCCAUUCCCUAGUGAUCUAGAUCCUGAACUUCUCUAUACGAGAAUCGAAUUGCUUCUUGAUGCUAAAGAUUAUUAUGGUGAGAUGUCAAUAUGGGCCUAUGCUGAGAAGAUACCAUUCUCAGAUGAUGUGCUGGAGAAGUUUCAGAAAGCCAAAAUCUAUUUCCUUCCCAAAGUUCCUGGGAAUAAAACUGAGAGAGUUCAAAUGAUGGUAAACGACAUGUUUUUAUGGAAAAUAGACACUCCUCACAAGUAUGUUGUACCACCAAGUGUGAUUGUCAUCUCAAAUGAAAUUCAAGGAUGCGUCAACUUUACCCUUGGUCUUACCUGUAUGCAUUCCAGACUUGUUAAUGCUUUCUUAGUAGAGCCUAAGAAGCUUACAACAGACGAUCACAAAAGCUUAUCAGUAUGGCCUGGACGCCUAUUCGAUGAAGGGGUGAUUAUCCACAAGUUUUUAUAUCCCUCUGCUAGUCCGCCGAAGCCGCGUAAGAAACAGAAGGUUAUUACUUCUUAAGUUAAAGAACGCCGUAUGUGUGAGCUGCUUUCUUUUGUUGUGGAUGUUUCGAACUUAUGUAUGGAUUGAAUCUCUCUUUGAAUGCUUAUUAUCUAAUUUUUUAGUCAA